CUUUUCAACCCUUUAUCCCCCGUCCAUCUGUGGUACUCUCUCACGUUUUUGUCUUCCGGAUUGUGGGAGACCAGGCACCUAAAUGUUCUUACUGUUUCUUGGUUUCACGGUCAGUCUAACCUGGCUCUUUCGCUCGUUAUCGCCCCUGAAACCGCCACCGCCAUCGUGUCUAAACCUUGACGUUACACACUCUCGGGUCGCUUGCCUUGGCCAUGGCACUGCCAAGGUCAUACCAAGCGAUGCUUCACCGCUCCCAACCAAUAGAGUUUUCAUGGCCCAAGAUCUGAUACGACGGGCAAUCAAAAGGAAUCGAACCAGGUAUGUCAUAAACAAUAGGUAUGUUGACUAUCUAAACAAUCGUGAUAUCCAAGACAAUACAAAGAAAUACAUUAACAAUCAUUCGCAGGUCAUUGUAGCCCGCCAGGCUGAAAUGAUAAGGAGCAAAAUCGAAAUCCAAAAGUAAGGCUUUAGACCUUGGUCGCCGUGUCUUCCACCUGGUGCACCUCGGACUUGGUGAAGCCGGACUCCUCCAGGUCGCGGCGG